UCUCUACUGCAUUGGACAGCCCGAGAGCCUGCGUUCUGUGAAGGUGGGAUCUGUCGAACAUUGCAGUGUAGUAGAUGUCCUACUAGUACUUGUAUCUGCGGAUGGCUACGAGUAGGGUUACGUCCAUUGGGCAUUUCUCAAUCUAACUGGAAUAUAUUUAUUCGCUGGUUGGUAUUGUAUCUUCACCGCUUCCUUCGUGCCGUGCCUACGGCGUCUCUCCUUAUAUAUCGUGGUAUUUACUAGCAGAACCCCGCCCGUCCCAGUCACCUUCCAAGUCUCUCCCUGGAUUCCUGCUAUACGGCAUCAUCAUGGGCGAUGCGUCAUCUCCCCCACGCGCGUCUCGCCAUGCGCUGCUCCAUGACCCGUCAAGCACGGCGCUUCUGCCAUUGCGUAUCAUCACGCACAACAUUCGCUUUGCAAACACCACUCCCGAACAGCACGAGUGCCUUUGGGAGGACCGGUUCCCGCAUCUAUCAAGCCAUUUCAAGUAUCACACGCGGCCACACUUCGCUCCGCCAUCAACGUUGGUCUGCAUGCAAGAAGUCUUGCAUCGCCAGCUUCAAGAUCUGAUCAACCACACGUUCAACACAUCCAAGUCAUCCACAGUGUCCACGACAGGUAAUGAAGCCGGGCCCGUCGGUGCCGACGACAACGACUGGACAUAUGUCGGAGUGGGACGAGACGAUGGCAAGACGAAAGGGGAGUACAGUCCCAUCUUUUUCCGCAAGUCCGCCUGGAAGCUUUCGCAUUUUGAAACAGUCUGGUUGAAUGAGACUGGCGAAGUGGGCAAGAAGGGGUGGGAUGCCUCAAGCAUCCGCAUCUUGACCUGUGCUGUUUUAGAGUCAGUCCAUCAGCCUUCAGUUCCGGCCGGCCAAGGACACGCCCAUCGUUCAGAUGGCCACGGAAUCAUCCUUGCUCUUAAUACCCAUUUGGACGACCAAGGAGUUGUCUCACGCCGGGAAGCUACCAAACUCAUCCUGAAUGUCGCCUCACGACUGAAAUCGAAAUUCUCUCCACAGUUUACAUUCUUGGCUGGGGACCUCAAUAGUCGCCCUGAUGGGGACGCGUACCAACUUCUUAACAGCGCCGGUUCCGGCUUCAUAGAUGUACGUCGUCUAAUACCAGAUAACAAGAAUGCGGACGGGAAAUUAUAUGCGUACAGCAAUGAGCGGACCUUCACCGGCUUCGCAGGGGAUCCGGGUGCAGGCGGGAGGCACAGAAUCGAUUUCAUCCACAUUGGAGUUUCAGAUACGGGGGCUAACGAGGAGGACGAAAAGCUCAAGGAGCUGGUACAGUGCUACGGCGUCCUUCCGAGCCGAUUUGAUGAUCAGGUGUGGAUGAGUGACCAUCGCGCUGUUGUCGUGGAUCUCCUGCUUCCAACAGGAAGCAAUUAAGGUUACUUGCGCGAGGAUAUGCGAUGCAUACGCCAGGAUGACUGCAGGCAUUAGAAACCCUUGAGGAAGGUUGGACAACUACAGAAAGGCACCCUAAGCUGGGCUGUUGUUGGAUUCGAUCAUUUUAAGAGAAAGAAGUAGGGCCAUGUUUACCAUGGAUUUCACUUGGCAAAUGUCCAAAGUAUGGCGAACAAAGAGUAUCGGAGACCCCUACGGCGAGAUUCCCGGCACGCACCCUGCUCUCUGCAUAGUAGUGCUGGUUCUGCUGCGAGGGGCAAUAGUAAGGCUGUCAGUGGCGUUUCCAUCAGGCUGAGCCAGCCUCGUCACUUCGGACAAACUUUGUGCCGGCGGGUGUUGUUUAUCCUCCGUAUCCGCCGCUGCAGCAUAACCCGCAUCCUGGCAGUCGCAGGCUCCUAUGCACCGUACAGGCUGUGUGAAGACCUCUGUCGCACUCUAGAGUCGCCUCGCAGUGCGGCCAAAUAUAUGCACACACAGAAGAUGGACCAAGCACACCGUAUUUCGUAUCGUGGAUGGCCUGUGGUGCCACUCCCAUGACCAUGGAAUCGUGUUGAUCGGAUUGUCAAUCAGCCGAUUGGCUCGCAACAAGC